AUGCCCUUUGGGCCAGUAAGUGGGUUUCAACAGCAAAAUGGACGUAUGGCACAUAAAAAACAUCGACGAAAACGACAUGAUGAUUCGUCUCUUAGUCGAGAUGAAUCAAUACACAAAGUUGGCAGAACACAUCACCAUUAUCAUAGUACACAUGGUGAAGAUAUAGUAGGGCACGGCCAACCAUUUCAUGGUGGCUACGGACAACAAGGCGGCUAUGGACAGCAAGGCGGCUAUGGACAGCAAGGUGGCUAUGAACAGCAAGGUGGCUAUGGACAGCAAGGUGGCUAUGGACAGCAAGGCGGCUAUGGACAACAAGGCGGCUAUGGACAGCAAGGCGGCUAUGGACAACAAGGCGGCUAUGGACAACAAGGCGGCUACGGACAACAAGGCGGCUAUGGACAACAAGGCGGCUAUGCAAACGUGGGUGGUGGGGGCUUCCAGCAGCAGGGCUACGGAUCCAAUUAUGCAGGAUCAGGCCGUCGACAUCAUCGUCGCCAUUCGCGACGUCAAGAUGAUACCCUGGGUGCACAGGCUCAUGCAGCUGGUCAAGGUGUUGGAAGCACAUCAAAUUUGGGCGAACAUCGUUCAGUGUCACGUUCAUCUCAACUCGAUGCACAACCAGGUGGUAUAGAACAAGAAUCAAAACAUCAUCACCACCAGCGACACCGUCAGUAUGAACAAUCAGAUCACUCAACACGACAUCAUCAGCAUCAUUCGGGUGUUGCAGGAGGCUUUGGUCAUAUAAACGAAGAUUUGAUCUUUAUCGAAAGAAGUGGUCAACAACAACGUCAAAAACCACCAAAAGGUUACGAAUACAAGGGAAAAAUUGAAAUUCAAGGAGUGAACAAAGAAUAUCGAAGUCAAUCACAUGGUAGACAAACUCCCGUAAUGCUCCCGCAGCCGAUAUCUAUCCCUCAACCAGUACCUCAACCAGUACCUCAGCCGAUUCCACGGCCGAUGAAUCCAUGCCCGCCCGGAUGGCAAAUGAUUAUCACCGGAGGACCACCAGGUGCUCCGAUAGCUCCCGUUCCAGUGGCAACUGGUGGAUUUGGGCCAAGCGUUGGACUUGGUGGCGGUAUAAUGACUGGUGGAGCGGGUCUGGGAGGCAUUGGACCAAUGGGUGCAUCAGGUUCCGGAGGUGGUUUGGCAAAUUUAGCAGCUAGUUUACCGAUACCACCACAAGGUCAGCUAAUUGCCGACUAUAUUGUUGAACAGUCAGCGGGCUUAGGAGAUACACGAUAUCCCCCGCCUAAACUUGUCAUUGAUGGAGCACAAGGAGGAUCAUCUUUUAACGAAGUUAUUGAAGAAGUCUCCACAAGACCAACAAUAAUUGAAGUGUGGCAAAAAAGAACGAGAGCCCAUUCGGCUAAAUCAUCUUCAUCAAGUUCAUCGCGAUCGGGUUCAAGACCAGGAUUAGAUUUAGAUAAAUUUAGAAAUGAAAUUCUUGAUGCCAUCAGACGAAUAUCUCAUCACCAACCGGUUGGGCCAGGCCGGGAAUCAAUUAAAUAUCAUUGGACUGGUCAUGAUGGAGAAACUCAAACUGAAAUACAUGGCAAUGAAAUUGCAUGGCGUACAUAUCAACGAGAAAAAGGAACACAAUCGGAAGGGGGAACAUCGACACCAGGCCCCAUACAAACAGGUGGCGUUGUUGGUGGCGGUGGCGAAGUGAAAGUUAUCGUUCAACCAAUUCAACCUGUAUUUUACAUGCCUCGUGGCCCACAACAGCAACCAGGUCCCUCAGGUGUAUCCUCAGGUGGAGCCCCGAACGUUGUCUAUGUUCCACGCAAUGUUUACGUUCCAGUCAUUAAACCUGUGUUUGUUCCACGUGAACGAGUUAUUGUUCGUCCUCAAAUAAUUCAUGUUGCUCGACCAGUGUUAGUCGAUCGUCCUGUACCAGUCACCCAACGUCCUAUCAUCAUCGAUCGUGAAAGACCUGUUCCUGUACCAAUUCGUGCAGCAGCAAAAGUACAGUGUGGUCCUCAAGUGGUUCGUGAAGAGUAUGUUUAUCGAGAUAAUUUACCAGUUGCCUACGGUGGACGAUGUGCAAAUUAUGCGGGUGGUUUAAGUUAUGGCUAUAUGCCUACCCAUGUUGAUAAUCAGUAUGCAACAUCAAACGAAGCCGUUUAUCAAACACAAAGUGCACCACCAACUGUUAUCGAUAUGGUUAUACCAAAUCAAUUUCAACAGCAACAAUAUCCACAAAGUCAUUCAGCAUCCAGUGUAGAACAACAAUUUCAUCGAUCUGGCUCUGGAUUAAAUCUUCCACAUUGUGAAUCAUUUGGACCGGAUCCCAUUGGUCCACGUCCACCACAAAUCGAAGUAUUAGAUACGGCCGUUAAUCCAUUUUGGCAAAAAACUGAUCCACCCAAUCUAUUACGACGUUAUGGACGACCAGCAUUUGACAUUGUUGAUAAAACAAAUCAAGUGCAGGGUUUACAAAUGUAUUCAAAUGGUGAUGGUGGUGUUGGUAUUCAUCGUUCAAACUCUGCUGCCAGUCAUGUAUCUGGUCUUCAACGAAAUGGAUCAUUUGGAUCGAUACCAAUGGGUGAUAUCAGAAAUUUACCACCAGAAGGCUUUGGGCCAGGACCAAUUCCCGUUAGAAUUAAUUACUAA